UCGCGCGGCCCGGGGGUGGCGGGCGCGGAACGGGGCGGGCGGCGCUGCUGCUGCUGGCGGCGAACAUGGCCGGCGUUGCCGACGCCGCUGCCUCUGCCGCCGCGCCGGGCAGCGGCGGGGAAGGGCGGCGCGGCGGUGUUCCGGAGCAGCAGGAGAGCGGCCGAGGGGAGCCGAAAACUCUCUGGGGGAGCGGCGAUCCGCGACCGCCUGCCGCCGGCCCGGGGCAGCCGUCUCCGCAGCAGCGAACGGAGACACUGGGCUUCUACGAGAGCGACCGGGGCAGGAAGAAGAAGCGGAGCCUCUCGGAUUUGUCACUGCUGAGAUUCAUCAGUGCGGAGCUAACGAGAGGUUACUUCCUUGAACACAAUGAGGCGAAAUACACUGAGCGGAGAGAGAGAGUGUACACCUGCAUGCGGAUACCCAAAGAACUGGAGAAGUUGAUGUUUUUUGGAAUCUUUUUGUGCCUGGAUGCUUUUCUGUACAUAUUCACCCUGCUUCCCUUGAGAGUUUUUCUGGCAAUGUUCCGGUUCAUCACGUUGCCUUGCUAUGGCUUACGUGAUAGACGUUUGCUACAACCUGCUCAGGUAUGUGACAUGCUCAAAGGAGUUAUAUUGGUCAUCUGCUACUUCAUGAUGCACUAUGUUGACUACUCUAUGAUGUAUCAUCUGAUAAGGGGACAGUCUGUCAUAAAGCUCUACAUCAUCUAUAACAUGCUUGAGGUGGCUGAUCGUCUCUUUUCUUCAUUUGGGCAAGAUAUUUUGGAUGCUCUUUAUUGGACAGCUACAGAACCUAAGGAAAGAAAAAGAGCUCACAUAGGUGUGAUUCCUCACUUCUUAAUGGCAGUGAUGUAUGUCUUCCUGCAUGCUAUUCUUAUAAUGGUUCAAGCAACAACCCUUAAUGUGGCCUUCAACUCCCACAAUAAAUCACUGCUCACCAUCAUGAUGUCCAAUAAUUUCGUUGAAAUAAAAGGAAGUGUUUUCAAGAAGUUUGAGAAGAACAAUCUGUUCCAAAUGUCAAAUAGCGAUAUAAAGGAGAGGUUCACUAAUUAUGUCCUGCUGCUAAUUGUAUGUCUCAGAAAUAUGGAACAGUUCUCAUGGAAUCCAGAUCAUCUUUGGGUCUUAUUCCCAGAUGUUUGUAUGGUGGUUGCUUCAGAAAUUGCAGUGGACACUGUGAAACACGCCUUCAUAACAAAAUUCAAUGACAUUACAGCAGAUGUCUACAGUGAGUACAGAGCCAGCCUUGCAUUUGACCUUGUUAGCAGUCGACAGAAAAACGCAUACACAGAUUAUAGUGAUUCAGUUUCCAGAAGAAUGGGCUUCAUUCCUCUUCCACUGGCUGUUUUACUCAUCAGAGUCAUAACAAGCUCAAUAAAAGUACAAGGAGUCUUAGCUUACAUAUGUGUUACGCUGUUCUACUGUGGGUUAAUAUCUUUCAAAGUCCUUAACAGUAUUGUAUUGCUGGGGAAAUCAUGUCAAUAUGUGAAGGAGGCAAAAAUGGAGGAGAAAUUAUUCAAUCCUAUCCUGACUGCCACCCCAGGGAAGCCAGCUGGCAAACAGCAAAGCAUGUUUAAAUCUACCCAAGGAAAGUCCACAGAUGAAAAUGGAUCUCCAUCAGUUACCAGUCAGCCUGUGCAUCAGAAGGAGAAUGCGCCCUCUUUACUUGUAACAAGCAAUUCUGAUCAAUUUCUGACAACCCCUGAUGGAGAAGAAAAAGAUAUAAGCCAGGACAGUUCGGAAUUGAAACACAGGUCUGCGAAGAAGGACUUGUUGGAGAUAGACAGGUUUACUAUUUGUGGAAACAGAAUUGACUGAGGUGUUGGGAUUUUUUUAAAUCAAUGUGCUAAGGAUACUGAGCUGUUGGGACAGCACAUGCUACCAGAAUGGACAGAUGCCAAAAAAAGGCACAUAAAUAUUUAUUUAAAAACUUAAAUUAUUAAUGGAAAAAAAAUUAUUAAUUUCUUUCU